AUGUACUAUCCUCCUAAUACACCUGAAAAAAAUCCAGUAAUCACUAGAAGAGCGGAAUCACCAGAACGAUUCACGUUGCCGCCAAUUAGUUCAACAUCUCAUAUACCUACUCCAUUACCGUCUAUCGCUCAACAACAAAGAAGUCUAGAAACAGGUUUUUACGCAUUCUUGUCAGCUUCAGCUACUACAGCGAAAGCCGCAAAUCCUCCCCCUCCGCCACCACCACCACCACCUGCUGCCACUACCACAAAUUCUUCGUAUUCAUAUGCACCGUCCUACAUGAAUAAACAUAACACUGCUACUACUUACAACCAUACUUCUAACACAGCGCGAACACCAAAACAACAGGCAAAGCAUCAACAGCCUCAAUAUAAAGAAUAUGACUACUAUUCAAAACCUGAAUGGCCAAUGGUAGAAGACAAUCCCAAACAGAGAAAGAAACGUGAAAUAGAUGAGCGUUUGAAAACUAUCAACCAGGAAUUUCUAGACACUAAAGAAGAUUUAUACGAAGAGAAAUUAAAAGAUUUGCAGGACGAAUUACUGGCAGUUGAAGACGGGAGACAUCAAUUUUAUACUGAAUGUUUGGCAGAUUUGGAACAACAAAGGCAAAAGACGAUCAACGACGCAAAGUUAAUGAUGGUCUAUCAAAUUUCUUGUGUAGAUCAUGAGUUCGAACUGACUUCGAAGAAAGUCCAUGAAGAGUGUAUGAGAGAAAGACAAGAUUUACAAAAUGCCAUGUUUACUUUAGUGAAUGAGAAGCGUAAAAAGUUAAAAGAGGAGAAACAUGGCGAAGGACCAUUUGCCAAACUAUUGAAGUUGCUAUAUCCUUAA